AGUGUCAUCCUGUCUCUCUGCUGUUCUCUGUCGUCAUUUCCAUUUCGCUUUCCUCGUGUUUCAUUCCUCUGUCUUUCUCGUCUAGACCAAGCGGAGCAGCCGGCUGGCAGUAGCGCCUGUGGGACCCUCAGGACCCGAUGGGAAGAAAAAAUCCCAGGAAAAUAAAAACAAAGGAAACAGAAUCCAAGACAUACAGGUGAAGACAAGUGAGCCUGCUUCCACCUCUGCAAAUAUGAGAGAUUCCGCGGAAGAUCCCAAAGAAGAGGAAGAGAAUCCUCCUGCCUCAGCACCUGAGCAGCCUGCCAUUCUUCGGGAGGUGGUUAGUCAGGAUGUGCCUCCAGAACUAGUGAUCCCUCCCCCUGCCUGUGAGCCACAGCCAGAGCCAGAUGAAAAAUUAGAAGCAGCCAGUUGUGAGGUGAAUGAUUUGGGGGAAGAAGAGGAGGAGGAGGAGGAGGAGGAAGAUGAUGAUGAGUUGGAAGAAGAUGGGGAGGAAGAAGCUGACAUGCCAAAUGAAAGUUCCCUGAAAGAGCCAGAAAUACGGUGUGAUGAGAAGCCAGAAGAUUUAUUAGAAGAACCAAAAAAUAUUCCAAAAGAAACUCUUGAAGACACUCCAGAGGUAAUACCCAUUAUCAAUAUCCCCCAAGCAACAGAAGAGGCCAGUGGCGAUGCAUUUGAAAUGUUCAUGUUUCCGUGUCAGCAUUGUGAAAGGAAGUUCACAACCAAGCAGGGGCUCGAGCGGCACAUGCAUAUCCACAUGUCCACAGUCAACCAUGCCUUCAAAUGCAAAUACUGUGGAAAGGCGUUUGGCACGCAGAUUAAUAGGCGGCGGCAUGAGCGACGCCACGAAGCAGGGCUCAAGCGGAAGCCCGGCCUCACAUUACAGCCAUCGGAGGACCUCGCCGAAGGCAAAGUGGCUGGCGAAAGUGCUGCUCUGAAGGAGGAAUUGAAUCCCCCUACUCUUGGGCAGGACUGCCUGACCAUGAGUUCAGAGAAAGCCUCCCAAGAAACAGUCAGUUCUUCCAUCGCAGAAGAGAAUGGGGAAGUUAAAGAGCUUCAUCCGUGCACAUAUUGUAAAAAGGUUUUUGGAACUCACACCAAUAUGAGAAGGCAUCAGCGCAGAGUGCACGAACGCCAUCUGAUUCCCAAAGGCGUGCGGCGAAAAGGAGGCCUCGAAGAGCCACAGCCCCCAGUGGAACAGGCCCAGCCUGCCCAGAAUGUCUACGUCCCAAGCACAGAGCCCGAGGAGGAGGGAGAGGUGGACGACGUGUACAUCAUGGAUAUUUCUAGCAAUAUCUCAGAAAACCUAAAUUACUACAUUGAUGGUAAAAUUCAGACUAACAACACCACUAGUAACUGUGAUGUGAUUGAGAUGGAGUCUGGUUCGGCAGAUCUGUAUGGUAUAAAUUGUCUGCUCGCUCCAGUUACAGUGGAAAUUACUCAAAACAUAAAGACCACACAGGUCUCUAUCACAGAUGAUCUUCCUAAAGAACCUUCCAGCAGCACAAAUAGUGAGUCCAAGAAACGGAGAACUGCAAGUCCACCUGUGCUACCCAAAAUUAAAGCUGAGACAGAUCCCGACCCUGUGACCCCCUCGUGCUCCCUAAGUUUGCCUCUUAGCAUAUCAACAACAGAGGGAGUGUCUUUCCAUAAGGAGAAAAGUAUUUAUUUGUCUUCGAAGCUCAAACAGCUUCUUCAAACCCAGGAUAAACUAACUCCUCCUGCGGGAAUUUCAGCAACUGAAAUACCUAAAUUAGGUCCUGUUUGUGUGUCUGCUCCUGCAUCCAUGUUACCUGUGACCUCGAGUAGGUUUAAGAGGCGGACCAGCUCUCCUCCCAGUUCUCCACAGCACAGCCCCGCCCUCCGAGACUUUGGAAAGCCAGGGGAUGGGAAAGCAGCAUGGGCUGAUGCAGUUCUGACUUCCAAGAAAACCAAACUGGAAAGUCAUAGCGACUCGCCGGCGUGGAGUUUGUCUGGGAGAGAUGAGAGAGAAACUGUGAGCCCUCCAUGUUUUGAUGAAUAUAAAAUAUCGAAAGAGUGGACAGCCAGUUCUACUUUUAGCAAUGUAUGCAACCAGCAGCCACUGGAUUUAUCCAGUGGUGUCAAACAGAAGGCUGAGGGUACAGGCAAGACUCCGGUCCAGUGGGAAUCUGUAUUAGAUCUCAGUGUGCAUAAAAAACCUUGCAGUGACUCCGAAGGCAAGGAAUUAAAAGAAAAUCAUUCAGCACAACCUACCUGUAGUGCUGUUAAGAAAAAGAAACCAACCACCUGCAUGCUGCAGAAGGUUCUUCUCAAUGAAUAUAAUGGCAUUGAUUUGCCUAUAGAAAAUACUGCAGAUGUGACCAGGAGCCCAAGUCCUUGUAAAUCCCUAGAAGCCCAGCCAGAUCCUGACCGUGGUCCUGACUCUGGUGUCCCUGCCCCCACUGUUGAGUCCCCUCCUGAUGUUUGUCCUCCGUCUCCCGCCCUGCAGACACCUUCCCUUUCUUCUGGUCAGCUGCCCCCUCUGUUGAUCCCCACGGAUCCCUCUUCCCCUCCGCCCUGUCCUCCAGUUUUAACUGUUGCCACACCGCCUCCUCCCCUCCUUCCUACCGUACUGCUUCCAGCCCCUUCUUCCAGCACAUCUCCUCAGCCGUGUCCCUCUCCACUCUCGAAUGCCACCGCACAGUCCCCGCUUCCAAUUUUGUCCCCGACAGUAUCUCCCUCUCCCUCUCCUAUUCCUCCCGUGGAGCCUUUGAUGUCUGCUGCUUCACCUGGGCCUCCGACACUUUCCUCCUCCUCAUCAUCCUCCUCGUCCUCCUCUUCUUCCUCCUCCUCUUCUUCCUCCUCUUCAUUCUCUUCUUCAUCUUCCUCCUCUUCCCCUUCUCCACCUCCUCUCUCAGCUGUAUCAUCUGUCAUUUCCUCUGGUGAUAAUCUGGAGGCUUCUCUACCCAUAAUAUCUUUCAAACAGGAGGAAUUAGAGAAUGACGGUCCGAAAUCCAGGGAAGAGCCCCAGACUGCUGUUGAACAGGCUAUUGUUCAGGAAACAUUCAACAAAAACUUUGUUUGCAAUGUCUGUGAAUCACCUUUUCUUUCCAUUAAAGAUUUAACCAAACAUUUAUCUGUUCAUGCUGAAGAAUGGCCCUUCAAAUGUGAAUUUUGUGUGCAGCUUUUUAAGGAUAAAACUGAUUUGUCAGAACAUCGCUUUUUGCUUCAUGGAGUUGGGAAUAUAUUUGUAUGUUCCGUUUGUAAAAAAGAAUUUGCUUUUUUGUGCAAUUUGCAGCAGCACCAGCGAGAUCUCCACCCAGAUAAGGUAUGCACACACCAUGAGUUUGAAAGCGGGACUCUGAGGCCCCAAAACUUUACAGAUCCCAGCAAGGCCUGUAUAGAGCACAUGCAGAAUUUGCCAGAAGAUCCUUUAGAAACUUCUAAAGAAGAGGAGGAAUUAAAUGAUUCCUCUGAAGAGCUUUACACGACCAUAAAAAUAAUGGCUUCUGGAAUAAAGACGAAAGAUCCAGAUGUUCGAUUGGGUCUCAACCAGCAUUACCCAAGCUUUAAGCCACCUCCAUUUCAGUACCAUCACCGAAACCCCAUGGGCAUUGGUGUGACGGCCACAAAUUUCACUACACACAAUAUCCCACAGACUUUUACUACUGCCAUUCGCUGCACAAAAUGUGGGAAAGGUGUUGACAACAUGCCUGAGUUACACAAACAUAUCCUGGCAUGUGCUUCCGCAAGUGACAAGAAGAGGUAUACCCCUAAGAAAAACCCAGUACCAUUAAAACAAACUGUGCAGCCCAAAAAUGGUGUGGUGGUUUUAGAUAACUCUGGAAAAAAUGCCUUCCGACGAAUGGGACAGCCCAAAAGGCUGAACUUCAGUGUUGAGCUCAGUAAAAUGUCAUCGAAUAAACUCAAACUGAAUGCACUGAAGAAAAAAAAUCAGCUUGUACAGAAAGCAAUCCUCCAGAAAAAUAAAUCUGCCAAGCAGAAGGCCGACUUGAAAAGUGCUUCAGAGUCAUCUUCUCACAUCUGCCCUUACUGUAACCGAGAGUUCACCUACAUUGGGAGCCUGAACAAACAUGCCGCUUUCAGCUGUCCCAAAAAACCCCUUUCUCCUCCCAAAAAAAAAGCUUCCCAUUCAUCCAAGAAAGGUGGACACUCAUCACCUGCAAGCAGUGACAGAAACAACAGCAACCACCGCAGGCGGACUGCAGACGCGGAGAUUAAAAUGCAGAGCACACAGACUCCCUUGGGCAAGACCCGAGCCCGCAGCUCAGGCCCCACCCAGGCCCCGCUGCCCUCCUCUUCCUUCAGGUCCAAGCAGAACAUCAAGUUUGCAGCUUCGGUGAAGUCCAAAAAACCCAGCUCCUCCUCUUUAAGGAACUCCAGCCCAAUAAGAAUGGCCAAGAUAACUCAUGUUGAAGGGAAAAAACCCAAAGCUGUGGCCAAGAAUCAUUCUGUCCAGCUCUCGAGCAAAAACUCGCGCAGCCUGCAUGUGAGGGUCCAGAAGAGCAAGGCUGUUCUGCAAAGCAAGUCUGCCUUGGCCAGUAAGAAAAGAACAGAGCGCUUUAGUAUCAAGUCCAGAGAGCGGAGUGGAGGGCCUGUCACCCGGAGUCUGCAGCUGGCAGCUGCAGCCGACUCAAGCGAGAGCAGGCGGGAGGACAGUGGCACCAAGCAGGAGCUGAAGGACUUCAGCACCUAUGCAGGUAGCGUCUUGGAGGUUAGCCCUGGUGAAAACACGUACCUGUUUGUCAGCCGUCAAGCUGCCUGCCUUUCCUUUAGUAGUUCAACUGUGUACCUGUUUGGGCUCAGCCUGUGUUCUGGAGGUUCCACAACAACAGGACAUUAUCGGACUGAGUCCUUUUCAAGUUGCUUCUGUCUUAAGUGACCAGAACGUGCCAUCGUUUUCACGGAUUGUACUAAAAAACGCCUCCCUGGUGGUCGAUGCUUUCGAAUGUACUUAUUAUGUCUAUCCCUUUUUGUCUUCGAUAUUAUCUAAAAGAAAUGUUGAUUUUUGUACCAGAUCCCAUGUAUACAGUUCAAGUGUCAAGUUGAUUUGAAAACAUCAAGUUCUGUAAAGAAAAACUUGCUGAGUGUCUGUAAAUGUAUGAAGUUUAUUCAGAUAGCCUUUGACUCACCCAGAACCUUUUGAAGAAUCCUUAAGACUGCAGAGGACUAAAGCACCUUAAAAAUGUCUCUCUUCCUUGCUCCAGUUAAUUUUAAUUAUUUUACUUUGUUUGAUAGUUAACAGAGGGUUAAAUUGCUGGAGUGAAAUUUGGCCUAAAAGGAAGCACAGAAGAAUCAUAUAAGAAAACAUUGUAUUGUCCUAACUGGUAGCAGCAGGCACCGAUAGUACCUUUGUGUGAGUCACUGGAACUGUACUGUGGACACAUUUGCAGGUCGGGGGGUGCCCGGGGCUCCACUUGCCAAGUGACGUAAACUUGUGAAGUAUUUUUGGAAAUUAUAAAGCAAAUGUUCAACAAUAUAUAUUUUGACUACCUAGACACAAAAGCGGGCAUUUCUUCAAAGUGCUUGUUUGGUGGUCUUUGGACUUUGUAGUGAGUUUAGUACAAAACAGGGAUUCCUAAACUUAGACCUGGGGACUCCGGUGAUUGUCAUGAAUGUUUGCCCAGAGUUAUUCUACAGCAAGCCUCAUUCUCAGUACACAUUUUUUGUAUUGCAGUGAUGAGUUGUAACUACAGUCGUCUUCCCAUCUCAGUGUAGUUCUUCUGAAUUUUCUUUAGGGGUGAUUCAUGGCACAAGGCAUCUAUUGUAUAUUGAGAAAUACUUGCUUCCCCUCUGUUCUCUGUGAGUUUGGCUUACCCUGCCUAGUGCAUACUCAGGGACUUAUCACAGAACUGGCAGUGCAUCCUUUUCCUGUGUAUUUCUUUCAACAAACUGUGAUUUAGAGCUAGCCCCAGCACUCAGGCACUUUACAUUUGAAUGCCAGUAUAGGCAUCCGCAGUUUUUCAAGUGUGUGCUUGCAAUUGGCCAUGUGGUUUUUCCAUUGAACAGAGGGCUCUGCAGAGUUUGCUGGUUGGUCAUUUCCUGGAGCAUGAGCCAUGGUGCCCAGACAGGGUGUAAAAACAGACAUGUGCUCCAAUUUUUUUUUCCUUAGGACAAAGCAUCAAAGGAAACCAGGCAUGGCCCUGUCUUUCAGAUUCUCCUGUUGCAGCUCUUAGUGCAGUACAACCAUCCCCCAUUCCUGUUAGCAGUCAGAGCCUACCUGUGGUUUUUUAUGGUGCUGAACUUAAAUCUGUUGCUGAGGGUUCAUUUCCACAGGCUCCAACAAGACACAAAGGGAAGGAAAGCAGUACGUGUUCUACUCACCUCUUAGCCAUUUCGCCUUUGUAAAUCCCAAGUGUUUUUAUGUUCUUUAAUGCUCCUUUUAGAGCAACUUACUGCUUAUGCUGAGUUCCCACUGCAGUCAGUCAAGUAAAACUUAAAGAUAGAGAAGCAAAAUGAAAUUCCAGACCAAGUUUUUUCAUUUAUCAUGAAUUGAUUAAAAAAUUAAAGGCCAAUUUUUCAUGUCUCCAUCUCUGCUGUCCCACUUAGAAAUGGACUGGCGUGUAGCUCCUCCCAGCGUGUGUCUUCUGAGGAGGACACUCGAGUCCCCAGAUACUUUCAGAGUCAUUUAUGUGUUGCUGUCUUAAUAACAUCUGUCUUAUGAUCUACUCACCUUUUUCUUUAACAUGGUCAAUUCAUAUAAGGUUAUGUUAUGUUGUCAUUUAUCUUCAGUUUUCUUAUUUUCUAGGAACUUCCUGUAGAAAAGCCCCCAAAACAAAACAAACCUUAAUUGACUAAAAGAUAUUGCAUGCUCAACUUAGGAUAAGCACUACGGCAAAGGAUACGAAAUCUACCAAGCUUGCAAGACCAGUUGAAGCUGACUCAAAAAUCCUAACACACAACUGAUUGCCGUCAGGCUUAGAGUCAGGCAUCUGCUGCUUCGGUGGUGCCUGACACGCGUGCUGGGCUCCUGGGUGAUUGAGAUCCAAAGAGAAGGGCACUGUCAAUACGGGCUAGAUGAACUGGCUCCUCGUCAUGGGACUGGUAACUCAGAGCUGAGUGUGGCCCUUGCUUUUGGCACGUAGCAGAGAAAGGAAUGAUUUGAACUUUACCUUGCAAAGCAAGUUCUCUGUGUUAGCAGUAGUUUAUUGUAGAUUUCAGGGAUGACAUAUUCAGAUACACUCAUUUAAAACAUUUUGGUCACAUACCAGCUCUUGAUGCCUUUCUUUGAAAUGGAUAAUAGACAGAGAGGCAUUUAGCUGAUCUCUUGCCCUGUUUUUUGUGUUUUUAUCACAAGUAGAUUGCCAGCAUAAUGGAGAGGAAACCAGAUUGGAUAUGGACUCUUUUUUUAUGCCUCUUCUAGUGUCAUGUUUGCAUAUCCAAAUGGACAUUAUCCUCUCGGAUUAUUAUCUGGCACUAAUUUAUAAUUAUUGUAUUAUCAGAGACUAUGUAGCAAUAUAUCAAUGCACAGGAUGCAUCCCAAGCCUGCAUAGAUGUAUGUCUACAUGUUAAAUAUAAAUGAAUUUACAAACCAGAUUUUACAUUUCAGUCUCUAAUAGACUAAACCAACAAAUUGGCUUCUUCCUAAGUAUAUAAAUACCAUUUCUUCAUGCAUUUUUAUACCUCCCCCCAAAUUAAUGACUGAAUUGGUGGAAAAUGGCUAGGUUUUAUCCAUACUGUUUUUGUUCUCAACUUCAAAAGUAAUCUACCUCUUAAAAUUUGUAGUUGAAUAUUUGUUUGGUGAAUUUGUGCCACUUUAACCCUUCCACUAUCAUUCCCAUUUUGUUACAUUUCUGUUAUGGGGACUUUAUGUUGAAAUAUUGUAUAAAGCAUUUGUAGCAGUUUAAAAAUAAAAUAUUUAAAAUUAUUUAAAUUGUUUUGGACGCUUCAAUUGUAUUAUAUGUGAUUUACAUUUUACAUUUUUUUUGUUUGAGUUGUUAAUCUGGAGAGUGUUCUGUAUUGAAGUUUGCUGUUAGUUAUUUUAUUGCUUCUUGUUGGAGAGUGCUAUUAAAGACUAUUCUAAUGAAAACAUUAAAAUUUACAAUUUGACAUACAAAAGGGUUGUCCGUUGAUUUUAACCAAUGUAGCCGUGAGAGAGAGGGAGAGGCUCAUUAUAGACAACAGUGGUGUUGGCUGUUUUCUCCUCCCAGCAUUGAAAUCAUUGGCUCUUGUCAGAUGUAUAAAAAAAUAAUUUUUAUGCUGUUGCUGCAAACAAUAACUAGAGGUGACUUUAAAUGACACAUUUUAUAUAAUUGUAACCAAUAAAAAACUUUCUAAA